AUGGGUGAAUCGGAAGAGAAUGAGAUGGCAUUACGCGAGUUCUCCAACUCGGUUAACUCAUCGGCAAACAAAUCCGGAGGCGAUAUGUCUCCGGAUUUAGGUUUUCAUAGCCACAUGAUUAGUCCGAUAGUAUCUGAAUUAGUGGAGGCGCUGCCUCCUCCGCCGCCACCAUCUUCCUCUCCCGUUCAGAGGAAGAAAUCAGGCCCCGGAGUCGGAUCAGGUAACCAAAAGAGGAAAAGAAGUGUAUCAGCUGCUGGAUCAGAUGAUCACAAUUUACAUAUAUUGACCGAGAGGGAAAGGAGGAAGAAGAUGAGAGAUAUGUUCUCCAACCUACAUGCUUUGCUCCCUCAACUCACUUCUAAGGCUGAUAAAUCAACUAUAGUUAACGAAGCAGUGAUUUCCAUAAAAAGUCUGCAGCAGACACUUGAGCAGUUAAUCCAAAGGAAAAAGGUGGAAAGAGACAUGAAUGGGAUUGGACCUGAUCAUCUAAAGUAUGAUAUUAUUCCUCCCAAACAGAAGUUAAUAACAGAUCAUAUUGAGGAAACAAGAGAUGAUCAGUCGACAUUCAUGGUGGACUAUGUUUGCAACCAUAGGGCCAUCGUCUCUGGCUCUGGCUCUGGCUCCAGGUCAGGGUCCAGUAAUAGCUUCCCUCCUGGGCUUUGGACAUGGGCUUCUUCCAAUGUGGUGCUGAAUGUUCUUGGAGAACAAGCACAAUACUCUAUCUAUGCACUGAAUAAUAAUCCUGGUCUCUUAUCUGCAAUCUGCCACAUUCUCGACAAUCACAAAAUCCAGCUUCUCACUUGCAACAUUGUCACUCAUCAUGGCUGCACUAUGUACACUAUACAUGCCAAUGGAACUACUCCUGAUGCUCAGCUCCCUGAGGGAUUUCCGGUGGAAGAGAUCUACAAGCAAGUGGCUUUGGAAAUGAGUUUCUUGGCUACUUCCUGAACAACAUCAUCAUCAUCG